AUGAAGGCGGUCAUCAUGCUGCUCCCGCUCAAUUCUUCAGCAACGGAGAAACGUGACUCCACCGGUCUUCAGAACGCCGGCUCCUCAGGCCACGAAACGAUCCGCAAAGACCGCAACCCGGCCAUGAACCCGUCCCUCAUCAUCUCCGAGAAAAACACGAUCGACACAACAAAGCAGCACAACAAUACCUCCACCUGUCCUUCGACGCUGCAGCCGACUGGAUCGAAUUCUACGCCUCAAACUGGCCGUCGGAGUCAGCGCCACAUCGAGCCGGUGCGGGUGGCGGACGUGGUCACCCUACUGCACGCUAUGUUGGCCAUCGCGCUCGUACUACAUCGGGAAUGA